UUUGGUUGUUGGCGUUCUGCUGGAGACCACAAAAAAAAAAGUUCGUUCAAAAUCAACACAACGUUUGAAGUCGGCUCAAAUGUAGAGUUAAUUUGAAAUAUUAUAUAAUUGUAGGUGGUUUUCAAUAAUUGUUAAUGCCACAAAGAAAAAAGCAACAAUGACUACGUUUUUAGGUUUGAAACUAUUUACACACCAGUCGUUUCGGCGUUUAAACUUUAAACGCAUUUCUGUGAUAAACUUGCAGACAGUUUUAAUUUCAUCACAGAAAUUAGUGUACAGUGAAUUUGGUGACCCAGCGAAGGUUGUAAGACUAGAGCAUGAAGAACUCCGUGAGCCUAAGGAAACUGAAGUUUUGGUGCGGAUGUUGGCCGCGCCGCUGAACCCUGCGGACAUCAACACGAUCCAGGGAGUGUAUCCGUCCAAGCCCGUGCUGCCGGCAGUGCCCGGCAACGAGGGGGUGGGCGAGGUGGUGAGCGCGGGCUCUGCCGUGCUGAGCCUGCGGCCAGGGGACCACGUCACACCGUACCUGCCCACCAACUUGGGCACGUGGCGCACACAUGCGGUGUUCCAGGCCAACGAGGUGUGCAAGGUUCCCAAAGAGCUCGGCGUGGUGGAGGCUGCCACUAUGUCUGUGAACCCGUACACUGCAUACCGUAUGCUCAAGGACUUUGUGCCCUUGUCAGAGGGUGAUGUAGUCAUACAGAACGGGGCAAACAGUGCGUGUGGGCAGAACGUCAUCCAACUGUGCAAGCUCUGGGGCUUACGUUCCAUCAACGUGGUCCGUAAUCGGCCCGACAUCGGCGAGCUGAAGCGGUACCUUAUGGACCUGGGGGCGACGUACGUCCUGACAGAGGAAGAGCUUCGGGAAACUGAGAUGUUCAAGACGAAAGAGGUUCAGAGACCGAGGCUAGCUCUGAACUGCGUGGGAGGCCGCAAUUCCUUGAUGGUGCUGAAGCAGCUGGACCGUGGGGGGACGAUGGUGACGUACGGGGCCAUGUCCCGGGAGCCGGUCCCUGCCCACAACUCCCUGUUCAUCUUCAAGGACUUGCGCUUGCGCGGCUACUGGAUGACGGCGUGGACCAACAAGCACGCCGGCAUGCCUGAGCACUUGCAGAUGAAGGAAGAAGUCUCGCGGAUGCUCAUGGAUGGCUCGCUUAGGCCUCCGGUGCACAAGCUAGUGCCCAUCUCCCAGUACAAGGAGGCCGUGACCAGCGUUCUGAGGCAGACGGGGUUCGUCGGCCUCAAAUACGUCUUUGAUUUCCAGAGGGAGGGUUGACAUGCUGUCACAACUAGAACGUGUUCCUGGUGAAACAUACUAGUUUCAUUUUAAUGUUAUGUUACUUCACGAAGCUUGGCAUGUGUACGAUUGUAUACAAUUUCACAUAAGGCCUUAUGUGGCUUAAAUCCCUGGAAAUUAGUGAUGGGUCGAUUCCGAUUCCGGAAUCAGUCGGUUCCACCGAUUCCACUUUAAUCGUGGGAUUCACAAUUCAAUGGUUUUGGAAUCGACCAUGACAGAUUCCUGCAUUGUUUUUAAGUUUGCAAGAUACAUCUACGCAACGUUAGAAAAUAUUAAAAUGCAUGCAAAUAUAAUUUUUAAACUACAUAAUAAAACCUGUUUUACGGAACUGAUUUACGAA